UUAGUAGAGAAGGAAACUUCUUCUUCAUAUUGGUGUAAAUGAGAAGCUCUCUGAUUAUCUUCAAUCAUUACCGUCUGUAAUCUGUAUUAUAUGCUUUGAAAUCUCUCCCUCGACCAAAGGAAUCAUCUUUCUUUGAUUUGAACAAGAUGGAGCAGCAGCAGCACCAGCCUCUACUCUCAGAGAGAUACGAAGAUGCAACCGAGGGAAAAGAUACUAAUAAUAGCAGCGAGAAAUGGGUUUCCUAUCAGCACCUUCAUCGGGCUGGUUCCAGAAAUGCCACGGCUUCCAUCGCCGGGACUGAAGUCAGUGUCGAUGAGAUUCGAUCCGCCGCCGCUUCCUCCGAUCGUUAUCCGCCUUCUCUACAUGCCCCCUUGAUCAGCUCCCCUGAUCCCGAUCCUAAUGAGCAAGCCAUUGUUUAUCAAGGUGGAUAUGGAGUGGACUAUGGCAUGGUGUCUAAUGAGGCUGGAAGGCAAAUUCUUGAUGAGAUUGAAAUUAGAGAACUGCUGAUCGAUCAUGUGGGUCAUCGUUGUUGCUGGGGGAGUCACCCUGCUAGGACAUGGAAAAUUCAUUCAAUUGAAGAUUGCAACGUUUAUGUUGGCACAUUAGACACAUUUAUAGAAGAGAGGGAAAUAAUAAAGGAAACUGAGCAUUAUCUUGAUGGUGAUUAUGAUGGGAAGAACAAGGGACCUGAAUUGGGUGUCUGGGAGUUGGAUUUAAGGUCUCAAUUUCCAGUUUUAUUUGUCCCUCUUAAAGAGUUAAGAACCAAAAUUCCUCACUCGGAAACCAUUGAGAAAUGCUCUGUUUGCGCUGGACGAGGAGAUGUCGUCUGUCAAACUUGUAACGCAGACCAAGAACCGGGCUUCUACAAGGAAAAUCAGUCGAAAAAAUGUCUUGCCUGUCAUGGGAGGGGAUUGAUUGCUCAUAGAGAUGGAUCCGACUCAAUAUGCGGAAAAUGUGAUGGAAAGGGGAAGACGCCUUGCGUGACAUGUGGUUCUCGAGGACUUGUCAAAUGCCAAACAUGUAAAGGAAGUGGCUCCCUCUUGACACGCAGCAUUGCUAUUGUUAGAUGGAAGACACUUUCGACUCGGAAAGUUAGCGCAACAAGUGGAGCAGCUUCAGUACCGGAUGAUGUUUUCCACAGGGCAAAAGGUGUGCAGCUUUGCAAUACGCAGGCGUAUCAGUGUACGCCAGCAUAUUUUGCAGAUUCAUACUUUCUUAACAAGUUUUCGUCCGAUGUGAUCUCUGAGAGGGCCCAGGUGCCUCAGACUGCGAGGGUGAUCUGCGAGAGGCACACGAUCUCAAUGGUGCAGAUGACACGAGUUAGCAUGAGUCGAGGAAAUAAUAGUUUGUUCAGCUUUUACAUUGUUGGCCAGGGAAGAGAAGUGUAUCUUAAGGACUACUAUCCUGCCAGGUUUUGCUGGGGAUUUUGCCCUUGUUUGGAAUGGUUGAAGAUUUAGUAGUAAUAGUUAAUGCUCUUGUGUGUUUAAAAAUUGUGUACAUUUUUAUAAAAAAAACCUUUAUUUCUCUCCUUUUUGGAUUUGGGAGUUGCACCCAAAAGAGGAAAUGUCCAGUUAUUCAAGAUGUGGUUAUUGUUUAAUUUUCUUGUUGUUGCAUUUUAAACUUGAUGAUUGCUGAUUGUAUUAUUAAACAUGAGAUAUUAUUAUUAGUAUUAUUAUUACAUUA